UUUAUUUUGAAAAGGCAAGAACCAGGAAGGAAGUGUUCGUGUGACUGACAAAAUAGUCCGUAAACACAACCGGAGGAGCAGUCAUAAUACGUAGAAAGGAGGACGCUCAACUACAUCCAACAGUUUCCUCCCGUCGUCUUCCAUUGGACUGUGACGUCAGAGCAUCACCCCCCCGCUCCCUGUCACUGAGUACUGGGAUGAGUCACUGAGGGACUCAUAGGGAUCUCUACCAUCACCAUCAUCCUAAUUACACGUUGUUCCAGACUUGCUAUUGGUAGAGCCCCAGUCAACAUUUGAACAUGCCAACGGAGUGAAGCCCCCUCUCAAAAACAACCUUCAUCCGUGGGCUCUUAACCCAAACUGGGCAAAAAAGCAGGUGUUUGAACCACUUCCACAAUGGGCCGUCCUCCAAUUUAUAUGAUACUCUUCGCAAUCUUUCAUCACAGUCAUGGCCUGGAAACAAACCUACUUUACAGGUCCAAAAGGAUUCAGGAAAGUGCCGGAUCAGAUCCCAGUGCCUGUUUUUCAAGGACAGAUCAGCCACAAGUCUUAACAAACACUCCCAACUUUUCUAUGGAUCUUCGGAUGCCUGGCGUCCUCCCAGCUGAGUCGGACACUUACCUAUGCAUGGCUUUUCGUGUGCCAAUUAGUCAAGCUGCAUAUGUAGUGGAUUUCAUGCCUCAGGCCACAAUGAACACCGUCCAUCACAUGCUGUUAUUUGGCUGCAAGACCCCUGUCUCCACCACCAACUACUGGGACUGUGGCAGUGCACGGGGCACUUGUGAGGACGGAGGCUCCAUUUUAUAUGCCUGGGCUCGCAACGCACCCCGUACGAAACUACCAAAAGAUGUUGGUUUUAAAGUUGGAAAAAAUUCAGGAGUGUCUUACUUUGUGCUACAAAUCCACUAUGGGGAUGUCAGCGCUUUUCAAGAUCAUCACAAAGAUUGUUCAGGACUCACCUUAAAAAUGACAACCAAACCGCAGCCGUUUAUUGCUGGUAUUUUUCUGCUCAUGUCAAAGGACGCUGUUAUCCUCCCAGGAAAAAGAGUUACAAAUGCGGACGUGGCCUGUGAUUACUCUUCAUAUCCCAUCUACCCGUUUGCCUUUAGGACCCACACACAUGGCCUUGGAAAAGUUGUUAGUGGCUACAGGAUUCGAAAUGGAGAAUGGAGCCUGAUAGGGAGACAGUCCCCACAACUACCACAGGCUUUCUAUCCGUCAAAUCGUGACGUGGAUGUGAAGUAUGGUGAUAUUCUUGCAGCCAGAUGUAUGUUCACUGGUGAAGGCAGAAGCGAAAAAACAUAUAUUGGGGGCACCUCUGAUGAUGAAAUGUGCAACUUCUACAUCAUGUACUACAUGGACAGCAAGCAUGCCAUUCCCUACAUGAGCUGCAUGGACACCGGCCGUGCCAGACUAUUUCAGCACAUUCCAUCCGAAGCUAAUAUCCCCAUCGCUGUCAGCACAGAUCACAUGAACUCCAUGAUGCACAUGGAAGGACACUCAGGCACAUCUGGUCACAAAGAUAGCACAUCGACGACAGAUUCAACCGGUGAAGAGCAGUUUCUCAAUCAGGGUGACCUAUUUUCUCUAAUGUCCAAGCUGCUAGGCCAGAGCAAGGAUGUAGUACACAUUCCUAAGUACAGUCCCAGCGAAAUGCAAAGUGUCCAACCUGAGUUGGUUGCUCAGAUUCAUAGCUUAAUACAGAAGAAAAACCUGGGCUCUCCCAGUGCGUCCCUAGUCUUCCAAACCAGCAGGGACCCUAUUUUCACGAGGAACAGAGUGCAUAAAUUCCAUCAGCUUGAGGCCACUCCAAAGAUACCAAAAAGCAAGCUGCCAUCUCAAAGACAAGAUGUUCAUCUAGAGCAGAAUCCAGUAUGGCCACAAAGUGAUCUCCAGCUGGGACAGGUGUCAGGACUUGCCAUUGAUUCAGAUUCCAAUUUGGUCAUUUUUCACAGAGGUGACCACCACUGGGGGCCACAUUCUUUUGACAGCCAAGCUACAUACCAGCAGAGGUUAUCUGGCCCCAUUCAACAGUCUACUAUUCUGGUUGUGAACAGUGACAAUAGCAACAUCCUGAAGGCUUCUGGGAGAAAUAUGUUUUACUUACCCCAUGGAAUAACAACAGACAAGGACAAUAACUAUUGGGUAACUGAUGUGGCUCUUCAUCAGGUUUUAAAAGUGAGCAGUGAUGGCAGCGAUCAAACUUUGGUGUCCCUGGGAGAGGCUUUCACAGCAGGAAGUGACCAAAACCAUUUCUGUCAGCCCACUGACGUGGCUGUCGACUACGAAAGUGGGAACAUUUUUGUGUCCGACGGCUACUGUAAUGCCAGGAUACUGAAGUUCUCUGCUGAUGGCAAAUACCUCUCUGAGUGGGGAGCUGGCUCAUCAGACAGGAGGAGGCAUAUACCAUUUCGGAUCCCCCACAGCCUGGCAUUUCUCCCCAAGAACAAGGAAGUGUGUGUGGCUGACCGGGAGAAUGGACGCAUCCAGUGUUUCACAGCUCAAACUGGGGAGUUUGUCAAGGAAAUAAAGAAAGAGGAGUUUGGUGGCAGCGUCUUUGCUAUCACCUUCCUCCCUGUUGGUGGUGAAGAUGGCCUUAUCUUUGCGGUGAAUGGGCUGUCUACGUAUGGACAGUCCACUCCUCUUAGUGGUUUUGCAAUAAACUACUCAACCAAGGAUAUUGUGGAUACCUUCGUCCCAAAGAAAGGGGAUUUUAAAAUGCCGCAUGAUAUUGCUGUAACCAAAAAUGGCAGCAUCUUCGUGGGAGACGCAGGCAGUAACACAGUCUUCAAAUUCACCGCUGAGAAGGCACAUCGUUCAGUAAAGAAAGCUGGAAUUGAAGUUCUUGAAGAAAUUGAGACCUAUAUCCAAACCAAAGUGAAGCCAGAGCUGAAUGUGUCAAAAACAGCAACAGUCCAACAGAAGCCAAAAACAGCUCAACGCCUUCAGCCACCGAAUGAUGAGAAGACAAAGAUUGUUUCGAAGACAAACAAAGAGCAAGGUCUCCAACCUGUGGUUAUCACUGUACUCCUACUUGUUCCUCUUAUGCUGGUCAGCGCCAUCGGAGUCUUUUUCUGCUGGAGAAAGAACAACCGACAUGAGGACAUGAAGAUGGAACCCAGCGCUGCUGGAGGGAUCUUCGAAAAAAUCAGAGGCAAAGCAGUUGGCAGCCUGAACCUGGGAAACUUCUUCGCCUCCCACAAGGGUUACAGUCGUCAGCGCUUUGACCAGCUGAGCACGGAAGAAAGCGACCAGGAGCGGAACGAGCAGGAGAGCAGCGAGUCAGAGAACGAGGAAUACUCCGCUGUGCCACCGCUGCCUCGAUCCUCCUAAUGGAGCCAAUCAGCAGCUGUCUGCUUCCGUUGCCAGGGUGUAAGUCAUUUCUCAUUGUGUUACUGUUGUGUUAGCUGCCAAUCUUAUUGUUGGUAUAUUUAACAAUCAACUCUACUGUAUAUAAAAUGCUGUUAUUAAGUCAAUUUAUUUAAACCGUGGAUUCAUUUGCCCAUGGUCUUAUUAAUAUGACCUUAUCUCUCAAGUUGAAAAAGAUGAAUGUUUGAAAAAAAUAUUAUAAACAUUAUUUUUUACGGACGCAUUCCCUUUGUUGAUUUAAGAUUUUUUAUUUAUUUUUUUGUCAUUUUCAAUUUCUCAAUUCAUAGGUGGUAAAAAUUCUUAUCCAACACUUGAAGGGCAAUUUUGAUGGGUUUAAUAUAAGCAUAUUUUAUGGUCGUAAUGCCCAAGCAGUUUUAUCUUAAUUGGACAAGAUAUCAUUUAGGGAGCCUCUCAGCUCAAUAUAUAUAUUUUUUUUUCAUCCAACUGUUUUUUCUGCUUAGUUGCCUCCUUGAUUUCUUGUUACAUUUUAUUUUACACUUAAGUCAAAAGUGUUUUAUUGAGAUUUGGACUCAGAAUUUCAGGGAUAUUGUGAAGGAUGGAUGAAUAUUUUGGACAGCCCUAAUGUAAGUGCAUUCUUCCAUGUAGCAAAAUUACACACACGAUGGUAUCACUUCUGCAUUCAUCUUUGGUCCAUGUAUCGCUCAUGUUACUCAUAUUCACACGAAAAUUGCUAUUAUGUGCCUUUGUAUAGUUUUUUUGUUUGCCUUUUUUCAUCAUUUGCCAUUAAAAUUGUAGUCUGAGGGAAAAUUGCUGCUAACAUUGCUCGUACUUUACUGAAUUUUUUUUUUCUUCACCCUCUGUGGAAAACUGCAUAUAAGUCAUAUUUUGGUAUAGGGAAAUGUAAAUGUUAAAAUGUAAUUAAUUGAACUGCCAAGUCUCAGCCAGUGUAUUGAGGAAUACAAUGUGUCCUCUGCUUUAAUACUGCUUUGGUUUUACAUACAUAAAGACAAAGCUAUAUUUCUGAAGUGAUCUUGGAUAUUAUACAAUUAAUACAGAUGUUGUUUUUAUAACAACAAAAUACCGUAUUUUUCGGACUAUAAGUCGCAGCUUUUUUCAUAGUUUGGUGCGACUUAUACUCGGGAGCGACUUAUGUGUGAAAUUAUUAACACAUUACCGUAAAAUAUCAAAUAAUAUUAUUUAGCUCAUUCACGUAAGAGACUAGACGUAUAAGAUUUCAUGGGAUUUUUCGAUUAGGAGUGACAGAUUGUUUGGUAAAUGUAUAGCAUGUUCUAUGUGUUACAGUUAUUUGAAUGACUCUUACCAUAAUAUGUUACGUUAACAUACCAGACACCUUCUCAGUUGGUUAUUUAUGCCUCAUAUAACGUACACUUAUUCAGCCUGUUGUUCACUAUUCUUUAUUUAUUUUAAAUUGCCUUUCCAAUGUCUAUUCCUGGUGCUGGGUUUUAUCAAAUAAAUUUCCCCCAAAAAUGCGACUUAUACUCCAGUGCGACUUAUAUAUGUUUUUUUCCUUCUUUAUUAUGCAUUUUCGGCAGGUGCGACUUUUACUCCGGAGCGAAUUAUACUCCGAAAAAUGCGGUAAUAUGUACAUUGAGAGACAUACCUGUACCAUGUGCGAUUCAUUAAGACUGAAUGGAAAAUGUAAUAAAACUAUCAGAAAUAUCUAAGAAUCUUUAAAUAGUUACUAAAACCCAAAGCACAGGUAUGAAGUUCAAUAUACGUGGAAAAGAAGGUGGUUUCCAAAGUCUUCACUCUUUCAUUUCCCGGUCUCAUAUUCCAUCCAUGCUUUUCAGACCGUCACCAAAAACAUUUGUGUCAUUCGCUUAAUUUGUCACGGGAAUGAAACAUGUACAAAAGAGCAUGCCAUAGGAAUAGAAAUGUUGCAUUAACGCGUGGACUGAUAUUUGUCGUGAAACACUGGUUUUGCUGCAAAGGUACUAUUUUAGUAACGAUGUUAUUUGUGUAAUAAAGUGUCUGCAAAUCA